AUGGGAAGUGCUUUUAAUCCACACAUUCUGAUUGAGAAGCUGUCGAAGCUCAACAGCUCACAGCAAAGUAUAGAGACUCUAUCACACUGGUGCAUUUUUCACAUGAACAAAGCAAAACAAGUCGUGGAAACUUGGGACAGACAGUUUCAUUGUGCUCCUCGUGAACAGAGGUUAGCUUUUCUGUACCUUGCCAACGACAUUAUCCAGAAUAGCAGGCGCAAGGGUGCCGAGUUUGUUGCUGAAUUCUGGAAGGUUCUUCCGAAUUCCCUUCAUGAUAUGAUUGAAAAUGGAGAUGAGUUUGGGAAAAAUGCUGCCUUGCGCUUGAUCAAUAUCUGGGAGGAGCGAAAGGUAUUUGGUUCUAGAGGUCAAAUUCUCAAGGAUGAGUUUGUGAAAAGGCAAUUAGACAACAAUAAUAGGAAUUUGAAACAUGCUGCAUCCAAACCGCAUUCACCCAUUGCUCCUGAUCACCUUUGCAAACAGUCAUCACCUGGUGUGAAUGAGCUGGACAAGCUAAUAUCUGGCUAUCAAGCUAUCUAUAGAAGCCAAUUGGAUGAGGAAGCCAUUUUCAACAAAUGCAGAAAUGCUAUCAGCUACAUUGAAAAAGUGGGUAAAGACAUCGAGGGUGAAUACGGGUUAGGUCAUGUCGACAGUAGUGUCACAGAUGAGCUGAAGGGGCAGAAUGAGAUAUUGAGGGACUGCGUUCAGCAGCUAGCUGUAGUUGAAUCUUCCAGAGCUAAUCUUGUAUCUCUCUUGAGAAAAGCUCUCCACGACCAGGUAGAUCUUUUAGAAGCAGCCCAAACACGAUCUGAACAAGCAGACACUAUAUACAGGCAGCUGCUGGGUAGCAACAACAGCGCAGCACCACAACAAGACACAAUCCCACCGAAUUUCAUUCCGGGACCCACCGAGCAAUCAUCCUCCGCUACACCGUACACUCCGCAGUCCCCGUUCCCUGCAAAUCCCAACGACCCCAAAUCAGCAGCCGCCGCUGUAGCUGCCAAGCUGACAGCCUCAACUUCCUCUGCCCAAAUGCUCUCUUUCGUCCUCUCAUCCCUCGCCUCCGAGGGCGUUAUCGGCAAUACUAAUAAUACUAACAGCAACAAUAAUAAAAAUGAUAAUAAUAAUAAUAGUCUGUUGACCAAAGACCAUUUGGGCGAAUAUCAGUCGGAAAAACGGGCUAGGAUUGGAGAUGAGCACCACUUGUACAUCCCCCAGCAGUCGAUUGCGCCUGACGUGUCUCACGAGGCGGAUGCCGACUCAAAACCUCCACCACCGUCAUCUCCGCCGCCCGUGCAGCCUUUGCCGCCACCUGUGCAGCCUUAUCCGGUGCCACAGUACAUGCAAACGGCAAUGCCCGUGACUUAUCAGGUGCCAAUGGUGGUGCAGCCGGGUUAUGCUCCGGUGGCUCCUCCGGUUGGUUCUGUAUUUUCUCCGGCGACAAAUUCUUACCAGUCUUACCCGCCGCCGGAAAGUGGGUUCUACAGCCAGCCACCGAUGGCACCGAUGAGCCGUCAGUAG